AUGGCGCUGUCUCCUCUUACCUUUGGUGCAGAGGCCGUCUCGGUCUCGCCCAUCUCGACAUACAUGUCGCACGACUCGCCGCGCUCGCCUUACUCUCCACCAGUGGCCGUCGCAGCCCGUCAACCCAGGCGUGCGCAGACACUCCCCCUGGAACCUCUCACGUUCACCAAAGUGGCUGUUUCGCCUGCUCCUUCGGUCGGCAUUCCCAGUCGGUCAGGCAGCACGUCGGGCGUCACGGACAGCGAAGGCGGUCUGCUGAGCGACGAGCGCGACGUCUACUCGCCCGUCUCGCCACUGUCGCGUUCGCCGUCGCUGCUCACGAGCUUGAUCCAGGCCCAGGGCAGGCUGACCAAGAGCAAAACACACUCGCCGUGCACCACCACUCCGCCGGCCAGGCCCAUGCCUUGCAGCAGCCAGUUUGCGUCGCUGCCCCGUCCCCCGCGUGCACAGCCCAUCUUGCGGCGGUGCAGCACGUCUGGUGCCGAGCGUCUCUCGGGCCUGUCGGGAGCGUCAGGUCCCAGUGGCGACGAGGGAGUCAAGCACACUGAGACGGUGACGAGCCUGGCUUCGGUGUCUAUCCGUCACCGUCGCUCGUGUCUCAAGUUUGCGGUUACUCCCAGGCCCCUCCAGCUCGCGGCUGGCUCAUCCCAGCAGCAGCAGCAGCAGCAGCUCUCUACAGCGACUGCGUGCCGCCCCCACCUGUCCGUCGCCACGCCCCAGACCCCUGGUGCUGGUCCGUCGACCAGGCCGCGCAUCAACCGCGUGCCAAGCUAUCGCCGCUCGCCGCCCCCGGCUCAGAGCACUGGCACGAGCUACGACGAGGAGACGUACGCCGUCGCCGAGGAGGAAGAGGGUGACGAGGAGGUCGACGAGGAGGUGACUACCCCCGGUUUCGGCAGCGACGCCGACUCGGCGGGCUACGAAGAGGACAGCGAGGACGGCUUCACGUCCGACGACGAAGACACUGUGCUCUCGCUCGCUGGACGGUGGCACCACCGCCCGGCGUUCGCGCCCUCGUUUGCUACCCCGACACCCAUCCUCGCGCCCGCCGCGCGCCGCGCCGCCCUCCCCGACUGCCCAGCGACCACGACCGACGACGGUGCCGCCAUCGAGAUCCGCCGUCCGCCGCGCAUCCGCAUCGCCGCGGCCGGACAGGAAAAGUACGCGUGCCCGCGCCACCGCUCGCCGCCGCCCACCUCGGUGCUGGAGGCCCACGGCCCGCGCCCCGCGCCGCCCGCCGCGCGCUCGCCGUCCGCCGCCGAGCUCUGUCGCCGCCGCACAGGCAUCGCCCGCCCGCCCCCUCCCCCUUCCUUCCGCCCCGGCACCGUGUGCCGCGGCUGGAAGUCGGACGACGGGCGCGGACACCACCGCAACGCCGCGCCAGUCGCAAAGCCCCCACCGCGCGGCCUGCGGUUCCAGCACCGCAGGGACUCGGCGCCGGCCGCGCCCGCCGUCGACGAGGUCCAUGUCCUCGCGGCCGCUGUGCGCGCGGCAUGCCACCGCGACCCGCGCGGCGGCCUGAAGCGCGUGCUCCGCGCGUGCGAUGCCACUGCUACCGCCACUGCCACGGCCACGGUCACGGGCGCUCGGGAGCGCCUGUAA